UUAUUGAAUAACAACAACGAUACCAACGGCACUGAAUCAUUACCAACCCCCGUCACACCUUCGACUCCUUCGCUGCCUCAGGAAAAGGGUUUUGGAUUGUUCGCACUGGAAAAGCAUCCAUCGCGAAACCCUAAAUUGCUCACUCCCAAUAAACCGUUUAUUUGUCACGAGUGUAACCAAUGCUUUAGCCGACCUCACAACUUAAAGUCACAUCUCACCACUCACUCGCCAGAACGUCCUUAUAAGUCUAGUGUGACAUUUGCAAACACUUCUUUCGGCGUCAUCAUGAUCUGAAACGACAUCAAAAGUUGCAUACAGGUGAACGACCCUAUGUUUGUAACGGUUGUCAUCGAUCCUUUGCACGACUCGACGCUCUCAAUCGUCAUCAGCGGACUGAAGGCACCGCUUGCACGAUGAUGCGUCAAAGUGUGGCAACCAACUCUUCAGCCCCACCUCCCGUGUCAACCUCCGCAACACUGACCAUAUCAGCCGCACGAACAAAACUUCAAACAACACCCAAAGGACCCAAAGAAAAACCAAAAGAUAAUCAAGAAAGUGAAGAGGCCAGAGGACAUUCGAAUUCGACUGCUUCUUCUUCGUCAUCUUCAUCUUCAUCUUCUUCUUCGGAGCGACCUUUGACAUCAGCGACGAGUUCUUCUUCGCCGGCUACAACGACGACAACGACAACGACAACCCCGGUCGAAGCCACGGGCGUCACCGCCACAACUCAUUCGACAGGUCGUCCAGUUAUACCACAAAUUCAUAUUCCGAAUCCCGCUUCACAGCCUCUUCCAAACUUGUCUCGGUUUUCACCACCCCCACUCCCACCCUCAUCGAGUGCAUCCUUAUCGUUAGCCUCACCUCCCACAGGCACCGAUCCUUCACAUUACGGUCGAUCACCGGAUUAUUAUCGCCCGUUAUCGGUCCCACUAUUUAAAGUGAAACCAUUGUUAUCGCCGCUCCCUGAUUGCCCGGUGCCACAAGGUUCCUAUCGUACAUGGAAUGCUCACUCACCACAACCACCGCCGCCUCCGCCGCCGCCACAUCCGCGCACAUUACCUUCACCUUCUGUUCCCAUGACAUCAGGGUCGGGUCAUCUUCACGCCAUCACGCCUUUAUCGGCGACUUCCCAAAUGGACCAUCCAUCGCCGCAGUUGAUUGCCCGAUCCGAAGCUUCCAUUUCAAGUACCACCAGCCCCUUAACCACAUCACCUCCACCCUUGGAUUAUGCACAACUGCGCCAAGAGAACGAAAGUCUGAAACGUGAAAUUGCACGACUGAAAGCGGACAUGGCUCAAGAUACUUUACGAUCACAGUUGCAUGAUCUAGAAGUCGAGAACAAAGUUCUGCGAUCGCUUAUUGUUGACCCAAAACAAUCGCCACCUCCAACCACCAAACGUCCCGCAAUGCAAGAAAUCGCUCCGGCCAAAAAGUCUCGACUCAAUAGCCUUUAAAACAAAAAUCCAACAAAAAAGCACCAUUCAUUUGUCCUAUGCAUCAUCAAAAAAAAAAGGCACAACUAACCACCCCCAAAAAAGGAAAGCCAAACCGGUCAUUCAAAUCACUCCCAACCAUGCACCCAAAAAAAAAAAAAAGAAAAGAAAAAGCAGAACGUUAUGUAUCGACAAGCAUAAGACAAGUUGGAAACAGGAUGAUAAAAGAUAGAAAAUAACAACAAGAGAUGACGAUUUUAGAUGGUGAAUUGAAAUAGUCUAAAAAGAAAAAGAUGACCAAAUAAGAAGAUCGGGGUUAUCCGGUGAAUAUGAUGAAAAAAAAAAAAAAAGUUUAAGGUUGUGGCUUUUGGGAAAAAGCGUGUAUAUAAAAAAGGGCCGAGGGAAGAAAGGGAAAUAGUAAAUGGCAACAAGAAAAUAAAUCACAAGGGGUUGUAUCCUCCAUUCGUGGGCGAUUCCGCCGAUCCGUUGGAUAAAAA